AAAACGUAACUUGACCUCUCCUCUUCAUCCAUUUGCGCUUCUUCCAUUAAUCUCUUGAUUUUUUUUUAUUGACUAAAACAGUUUACAUUUUGAACUGCCAUAGAAUGCUUUAGAUUUUUUUUCCUCGUUGAUUGAAAACAUGGGAAUCAAUACCAAAGAUAUCGGAACUCUCGUCUGGAAAAUUCUCAUAAUCAUCACGAGAAAUGUUUACACAUACGUUAGAAAAUACCCAGUCAUCUCUGGUGUUUCUUCUGCUACCUUCCUCUUAUACACUUUCCUUCCACGGCUUUUCUAUUUCAUCCUCUGCUCCUCUCCCUUCAUCGCAUGUUCCGCGUUCUAUCUUCGAAACCAUCUAAGAUCCAAGCCUCCGAAGGUCGAAAGCAUCAGUACCUCUAAAGGGUUACCGCCGUUUUCCCCCGAGGGUUCUGAGAGAGGAGGAGGAACUACAAGGAGAGCUGACUUGAAGCACCAGCGAAGCGUUAGACGAAACGCUAGAAGGGAAGUUGAGGAGGUUGGCAAAGAUUGGGACUCUUCUCAGGCUAGCGAGGAUGAGAGAGACCAAGUCAUUUUGACCACUCUCUACGGCGAAUUCCCCAACCCUCAAAAAUUCAAGGACAGAGACUUUCUUGCGUUGCAAGAAUUCUCCUUUGAGCCUAACCUAGACGAGGAAAAGAAAGACGGAGCCUUUCUUGCCCCACAAGAAUUCUCCUUUGAGCCUAACCCCAACGAAGAAAAGAGAGACGGAGCCUUUCUUGCGUCGCAAGAAUACGGCUUUGAGCCUAACCUAAACAAGGAAACUCCUUCCACAACUGGAAAUUUUUCCUUUCUACAUCCAUAUGAGAGGCUAACGAGUGGAGGUGGUGAAACUGAAGUUGAGUGUUCAUCAUCAUCAUCAUCAUCAUCAUCAUCAGAAGGAGGAGAAGAAGAAGAAACUUUACUUGAAGACAAAAAGAUCAUAGCUUGGACCGACGAUGAUCAGAAGAAUCUAAUGGAUCUAGGUAACUCUGAGAUGGAACGUAACAAGAGAUUAGAGCAUUUGAUUACUAGAAGAAGAACGAGGAGACAAGUCUUACUUGCAGCAGAGAGAAGCCUAAUGGAUAUGGAGGUUCCUCCUGUUUGUGUUGGAAGAAACUACUUCGGUUUGGAUCAUGAUGAAGAAGACUGUAUGAUUGAUGGACUUCAAAUUCCUGAGUCUGCGCCUUCUGUGAUGUUACCAACAAAGAACCCGUUUGAUCUUCCUUAUGAUCCUCAAGAGGAGAAGCCUAACCUCUCAGGUGAUAGUUUUCAUCAAGAGUUCUCUGCAGACAACCCUAACCCUAGUGAGAGCUUCUUCUGCCACCAUGAGAGCUUUUGCCGCAAAGUCUUGCCAUCUGAAACUCAGGUUGACUCGAGAUUGGAACAGUGGAAAAAGUCAACUGAUGGUUGGCUUAGACCACAGCAAGGUAGAGAUGAUGAUGGUUUGGUUGGGAAUAAACCACUUCUAUCGGAAACAAAAGAUAUGGAGACAGAACACAUCACAGAGACCGUUUUGAGUGAUUCAAAUUCAUUGCUUGUUCCUCAAGAAAGAGUAGAUUCCAAUGUCUCAGAUGAAGUAUAUUCUUCUGGAGCUUUCGUAGUAAAACCAAAUGGUGAUCAUUAUCGUGGUGGAAAUGCUGCAAUGGGUCUGAAUCCUAGAAAAACUGUGUCACGUUCGACUUCAUUAGCACCAGAAAGGCAAACAUACAUGGAACAUUUUGGUUACAGCACAGUGAAAGGGCAUAAGGUGACAAAAUCUGGGGAAUCUGAUCUUCAGGUUGAGUUUUCUGAAGUGGGAUCACCUCCCGCUACCGCUGAUUGGAAUCAUUCUUCUGAUGACGAGAAGACACUCUUUGUAAACGAGUCAGACACAGGCAAGGAAACAUGCUUUAGUGGUGAGGAAACUGAGGCUAAAGAGAAGAGUAUUGUGGAUAGUGAUGCAGAUUCCCAAAUGUUACCUGUGGAGAAACUUGAUCAAGAUUUCAAUAUGAGUUCUCAAGAAAGUGACGCAGCCAAACAAUUUGAGGGUAUGUCUGAUGGUACAGAUGUCAAUGGAAGAUCUGAGGAAGAGGCCAUAGUUCCUCACACCAAUGAAGUUAUACUAGAGGAACCACCUGAACAUCUCCGAAAUUUGGUAGAUGAGAUGAAGAUGAGUUAUGAGUCAGAUGAACCUGGACCCUCUGAGAGAAGAACCAAUCAAGACAGCGAAGACCACGGCGGCCUAAUAGCUGAAGAGAGGCAAGAGAUAGUGGAACCAGAAGCUUCAGUUGUGAAUCAUGUCACAUCUGAUGAAUCUGAUACUUCACCAACAUCUGUGUUACCAGACAUGUCGUUACCAUUAGGCCAGGCUUUGAAUUUGACCUCUGAGAAUUUGGAACUUGCAUCAGGUAGUCAACCGGGAGCUGUGAUUUCAGAUCAUGAACCAUCUCAGAGUCAAUUGGGUGGUGAUAGGAACAGUAUAGAAGAAACAGAGGCUAUCUAAAGCAAAAUAAAAGUUUUUUGGUCCAUAAAAUAUAAUCACAAAACCUAUCAUUUUACUUGAAUAUUUGUCCUGAAGUU